CACUUUAAUGUCAUUGCUCUCUCUGCCUCUCAACAUUGGCUUCGUGAGUAAAUUCUCUGUAAUUUCAUGAAAUCGGCAGCAUCAGCCGCUCCGCCGAGGGCGAAAAGCUUCACACUUGGAUCCUCCAGGCUCUUCGCCUUGGCGCAGCAGCUGCGUGUAUACAAGCCGCAGUUUUCUCCACCGUUGGAGGCGGCGAAAGAGAUGCGUGCGUACCAUGAGAACACUACGAAAUUGAUCUCCCACGUUGGGUCUCAGGAAUCUAUGGCUCCGGUGAAGAAAGCGGCAGUCUUGGUUUGUCUCUUCGAAGGAGACGACGGUGAUUUGCGUGUGAUCCUCACUAAGAGGUCUUCCGGAUUGUCUACUCACUCGGGAGAAGUUUCUUUACCAGGUGGUAAAGCAGAAGAGCUUGAUAAGGAUGAUGGGAUCACUGCAACAAGAGAGGCAGAAGAAGAGAUUGGAUUAGACCCUUCACUUGUUGACGUUGUUGCUUUCCUCGAACCAUUUCUGUCUCAGCAUCUGCUCAGAGUAAUUCCCGUAGUAGGAAUAUUAUGGGACAAAAAAGCAUUCAAUCCAACGCCAAAUCCCGCAGAAGUGGAAGCCGUGUUUGAUGCACCAUUUGAAAUGUUUCUGAAGGAUGAGAACCGGAGAUCUGAGGAGAUUGAGUGGAUGGGGGAAAAGCAUUUGAUCCACUUCUUUGAUUACAAUACAGGAGAUGAGGAUUAUGUUAUAUGGGGCUUAACUGCCAGAAUCUUGAUAAGAGCUGCAACGGUGAUUUAUCAACGACCACCUGCUUUCAUUGAACGGAAACCUAUCUUUAAGUACCCCAGAAUGUGAAAGCAGCAGAACGAGGCUACUUGUUUAUAUGGAUAGCUGAAGGUGAUGAGUUCUUGCUUUGGACUUGCUGGGACAUCGUGUGGCAAACGUCCAUGAAUCUUAUGGUAACGGAAGAUCGCUGGAGGUGUCUCUAUAUGUUCAUAUCCCAGCUCGUUCUUGGAGAAUCUGGCAGCAUAGCGAUUUGCAGUGUUGAGUUGUGUCUGAUAUUAUCUGAUUGGAUAUCUCAAUCAUAUGACCUGAAAGCAAAGGUCGUGCAUGGGACAAAUUCUUCCAAAAAGUCAAUGGGGCAUUCCGAGAAUCAUACCACUAGACCAAAUGCCCUGUUGCUGCUAUAACCCAGUUAAAACACCUAUACUUAGAAUUAAUCAUUUCUUGGAAAUGCCAACUUGAACUCUCCAUUUCUCAUAUAUGAAACUUUGAUUUUGUAGGAGAUAUAGUAGAAUCAUUUCUGGUUGGUUACUAGAAUCUAAGCCAACGCAUCUGAAAAUAAGGGUACAAUUUGAUCUUGUGUUCUUAUUUCAGUUGAUAAAAUAAGAAGGAAAAACAAAAUUAAUCAAAAGAAUUUCUUAAUGCAUAGAUGAUGUAUCAUGCCACCAGAUCCAACAUCUGAAUUUGAUUUCCCGCUGUUCUAGGUUAUACCCUUUGGAUUUGGAUCAGAAACAUUCUGACUUUUAGAUCUUUGUUGCUGAGUUAAAUGUAUACUGUUCAGAAUCAUAGCUCUUAUAGUGAUUCUCAACCAUAGAAGUUGUACAUUUGGUUUCCCAUACUUUUUCUUCAAUAUUUAAGCUUUCUUCAUGGGGAAUUCUGAAAAGUGAACUCUAGAUCUCUCGAAUCCAAAGCGAGAGUCAUGGUGCUAGCCCAAUAGCCUGAACAAAUUAGUGAUCUGUUAAAUUUUAGCGCCUUUGUUUGCUCGUCUAUCCUUUGCAUAAAGAGAACUGUGAUUUCUGUUGAUCUUUAGCUGGAAAUUAGUUAACAAGCCUUUUCUUAUUGGUACAGCUCAUUGUUGAAAGUCUUUCAGCAUGUUUUGUUGGCUGAGUGUGAUAUUGGAAAUCAACAAAUCUAGAUGAUCUAAUCCAUCUGAGAGCAAAGCUAGUCCUUGGAAAAUCUGGUAGCAUAGCACUUUUCUGAUAUUAUCUGGUUGGAUAUCUCAAUUAUAUGAUCUGAAAGCUAAGCUCGUUGUUGGAGAAUCAGGCAGCAUACUGUAAGUGGUGUCCGAAGUUAUGUGGUUACAAUAUUUCAGGAAGAGCUUGGCUUCGUCCAAAAUGUCAAUCCUCUGAUACCAAAGUGAAGAUUUUUCAUAAUCAUUUGAUUCUUGAGAAUAAAAAUCCAUUUUUGAGAAUCUUCAAAGAAGACCAAAUACUUUGACAAGUCUUUCUAAAUCAGCAAAAGAGCUUCCUUUUUCCUCCAUCACUGCUCCUACUAC